UAAAAAUUUAGUUUCCUUGUUUACUGUGUAGAUCUAGAUCUAGAUUCUAGUGGUGCUCAUUCACUGAGUGUUGAAUAUGUUUGAGUUCUUAAAUUCAAAUUUUGUAUUUCCAAAAAUGGACAAAAUUAAAAAAUAAUCAAAUGAACCAGUUUAAAAGAUUAUUAGAUGAUUCUGCAUUUCCAAAUAUGGAGAGUGUGAAACAUGGGCAAAGACUUCUGAUGGCUUUAGACCCAUCUUCCAGUAACAUAAACGAUGCCCCAGUUCUGCAGAAUAUUAGUGGAGUUCUUGUAGCAGCAGGAGGAGUUGUUUCCCUUCUUUUCAUUGUGCUGAUGUGUGCAUGUAAAGACAGUAAACAAACAAAUGAAGAAGACACAGCACUGCAGGAUAGAGAGCAGAAUGGCUCUGCUAAGGUUGAAAGUGGUGAAGCCAAAAUGAAAGAAGUUGGUGAAACAGUGGUUAACAUGACCAAUGGGGGACCACCAUCUUCAACGGGGCAUAGUCGUCAAGCCAGUGCCGGCUCUGCCCACAUGAGACCCACAAGCUUACGAGAACUGCCGGAACCCCCUGUGUUCAAUCACGUACGCAACAGUUCCAUGUCAGGACCAGAGCUGCCAAACUCAUCAAUGAAAACCAGCGGCGCUAGCUCGGCUGCCGGAGCAGAUUACUCCCACGUCCAGCACCCUCCCAGAAAUAAUGCUGGCAAUAAAAACUCCAUGGUCGGCAACAGUUCCGGUGUUGAGAACAAGGUGACGUCACACAGCUACGGGUACGAUCAUCUGCAUGCCAAAUCUGCAGCUAAGCCUACAGACUAUGAUAUCUUGGCUGGGCCAAGUAACGAGGAUGAAGAAACACCAAUAUCAGAAUCUGGGAGUGCUGGAGAUGGACACUACUCUCAUCUGAAAGAGUCCAGCUAUGCUGUAGUGAAAGAUGUGAAACAACAGGGGGCAGCACUGUAUAGCUCUCCAACAGAGAAAACUGUGAAUAGUGCAGCAGAUGAUUAUUAUACACAGGUGAAAGAUGAAGAUCCUUACAAUCACAUAGGUGAUUCAGAUGGCAGUGUCCCCACUUCAUUUAUUCAGAGGCUCAAACAGGCCAAGGACCUGGAUGACCCUUAUGCCACUGUACAGGAAGAAUCUGAGGGCAACUUACAAACAAUUCUUGAGGAGGGGGCCACAUCUAGAAAUUCAUUACAUCACCUAGGCGGGGCUGUGGGCAUGUCAGCUAACACAGGUAUCACAGAAGACGACUACGCUGUUGUACUGAAGGACAACAAGAGUUCCAGCGCCAACUCAAGGAACAGGCAGUCUUACCCCGGGGCCGGACCUGAGGACAGCUACAACAUGAGACCACCGGAACCCCCCAGACUGUACAACGAUUACGAAGAAGACGACACACGCAUGUUUGUCGUGACCACUCCGCCUGGCAACAAAAAAGAUCACAAAUAUUCCAAGGUUACAGCGCGUGAGUCACUAGCAAGUAUGACUGCCAGAAAUGCUUUAAACACUUAUGAGAUAGUCCCUGACCUUCCAGAAAAUACUUAUGCUACUGUGGAAGGUGGAUCAGGUGAUGGCAUUGUGUUGAGAGCUGGCAUGUCCAUGAACCAGGAGAACAGACUCAGUCAGUCCAGUGACACUUACGCUGAAAUUGGUAUAUCAGGUGGAGGACUGAGCACCAGUGUCAUCAGCAACAGCAGCAGUAUUGGAGGCGCCAACAACAGCAGUAGCAGUGGCGCCCCCGUCCCUCCAUCCCUGGACUCCCUACACCUAAUGACCAAGUCCCAGACGUCCAGUGAAGGUGACCGGCUGAGUGACCGGCACCUGGCCUCACCAGAGGACACUGGCCUUCACCUUUUGGAUGACGGCGACUCGGCGGACAGCGGUGAGGACGGUUACAGUACGUUGAAGAGACCGGAUGGGUUCUCUCCCCCUGUGGCCAGCUUAAACAACAGUAGAGGUUCCUCGCAUAUACUUGAUGAAGACUCAGGGGAGACGACUGCAAUCUUAAACUUCCAUUCCCUGAAUGGCAAUCACUCGAAUAGUCUCCACGAAGACUUGGAAAACGAUCCUAAUUACGAGAGUGUUGAUGAAACAAGGGCGAAGGUCGCUGCUCUGCGAGCGAAAGAAAACUCUCAUUUUCACCCCGGUGCUACUAUGUCGGUGAAUGUGAAAUCCAGUAAGCAUUCAACGAACAAUGAGACCUCAGGCCCAAGACGCAGAAGACCUGAUCACGAUUACGAGGAGGUGGACAUUACCCCGCCAUCUUCCCCUGUUAUCCCCAACGGAGCGAUGUCAUCGUACAACCCCCAGUUCUCCCCCACGGUCACCCCAACAGCUGAUUCAAACAUGGAUCAAAUUUUUGACUCUCAUAUGUAUGAAGAGCUCUCGGAAGUUCGAGCCAAAAAGUUGAACAUGAAUAAAUCAAAAAGUUCGAGCGGGUCAAAGUCUGAGGAUAAGAGGAAGAGUACUUUAGACAAGAAAAAAGGAGCCUCGCUUGAUAAACGAAAGGGCGAGGAGGAGAAAAGGAAAGGCCACUCUGACGACAAAAAGAAAGGAAACUCUGACGAUAAAAGGAAAAGUGCAGUGGAAGAGAAGAAAAAACAUGAAGAGAAAAAAAAGAGUGCGUCUGAUGAAAAAAAGAGGAGCCAGGCUGAGGAAAAACAAAAAACUGGAUCAUCCCACACUAAUGGAACAAGAUUAUAAAAUAGUUCAUGUAUUACAAUAAAAUUGUGUCACUUAAAUUUGUCAAAAGGUAACCUAACACUAUUUCAAUGUGCAUUUUGCAAUUUAUACUGUAUGUUUUAAAACCCUUUUUUGCCAAAAAAAUUUUAUUUUUCCCA